CGGCCCGCUCCGGGCCGCUGUCAGUCGGGCCAGUCCGCACCGAUCGCCGCUGCCGACAUGUCCCGUCCCCUGUUGCUGCUGGUGCUGGCGGUGGCGCACGCCGCCGGCCAGGGCCCGCCGCUGGUCUGCGAGUACCCCGAGGGCCUGCAGACGUACCCGGACCCCGGCUCGUGCGAGCGCUACUUCCGCUGCGCCAACGGCACGCUCACCCAGGAGGUGUGCGCCAACGGACUGCUCUUCUCGGGGACCGGCGCCGUCCACGAGGGCUGCGACUACCACUGGCGGGUCCACUGCGACACCCGGGCCUUCCAGGAGCCGGCGCCCGUCCCCGGACCCUGUCCGUUCGCGUUCGGAAUCUUCCCGUCCGGAGACGGGUGCGUGGACUACUUCGUCAAGUGUGCCUACGGCGUGCCUCAGCCGGAACUGUGCCCCGAGGGUCUGGCCUACGACGAACGCACGCACGCCUGCAACUGGCCCGACCUGGUGCCGCAGUGUUCCGUCGGCGAUGCUGAGACGCUCUCCGGCUACUCCUGUCCCGAUCAGAUCCCAGCCGGCUCGGCGUCGCUUCGCUUCGGCGCCUUCCCGCGCUUCGCCACCGGCCGCUGCGACCGCCUGGUGACGUGUGUCAACUACUACCCGCGCAUCACCAAGUGUCCGUAUGGCAAGGCCGUGGACGAGAGCUCGCUGACCUGUGUGGACGCCGAACUGGUGCCUGGCUGUGCCGCCGUACCGCCGCCGCCGCCGCCGCCGCCGCCGGCCGUGACCGUGCCGGUGUCCGUACCUGGUCCUGUGGUCGGUCCGCUGCGCAGAGUGCCCAGUGCCGGCGGGCGCAUCGUCGCCAUCAAAGGACCCGGACUGAAGCUGCCCGAAUUUGUGCCCGGAAGAGUAAAAUAAAUAAGGUUAUACGA